CUCCUUCCAACGACUUAACUUCAGUACCACAAAAACCAAUAACACGUGUACAGCACCAUGCAGGCGUCCGUGGCAGCGAUGAUGGGUGUGGUGGUGGUGGCCAUGGUGGGCGUGGUGGUGCAGGGGGCCGGCACGCUGGUGGUUCCCGUCGUCACCACCGGGGGCAUCACCACCUCCGUCGGCCUCUCCGCCGCAGGAGCCGCCGCCGCCGCUGGCCUUGGUGCCGUUGCGCUCGGGGCGACGGCUGUGGCGUUGGUGGCUGCCAAACGUGACAGCAGGAAGACCACCUAUGGGCGCCACAGGAGGGCUAUUCGGGAUGAAAAGGUGGAGGAGGUGCUGGCGAUGGUGGCUACCGUGGACACCCAGGGCUGCGGCAUGAGGCACGUCUGCGAGGUCUUCAAGAAGGACAAGAACACCCUUACCCCCACUGAAAACAGCAUCCGCCUCCUCAUCGGGGAGAAGCCACAGGAAGCAGGGCCCUCUGACUUUACGCACCCCUCAGUCCUCUACGAGUCUGCCGCCAUCCUGGGCCAGCACGGCAAGGACUGCUUUGACCUCUACCGCUCCUGCCCUCUGACCCACGCCGAGGUCAACGAGUACCUGGCCACCCUCGACCUGGACCUCGAUUAGGGAAUUUGUGGCAUGGUGAUGGAGUACAAGUUUGUAUGGGAAGUGAACGGGAAAGGAGAGGAAAGGAAAGAGAUGGAUAGGAAAGGAGAGGAGAGGAUAGGAAAAGGGAGAGAAGGGAAGGGAAAGGAAGGGAAAGAGAGGAAGAGAAAAGGAAGGUGCGUUUUAUGUGUGUACUUGUCAGAUAUAUACAUUCAAAAGUGUUAUAUACUUUUUUACGAGUGUGUAUUGAAACUAUAGUCAAUGAAUCUUCUAUCUGUGUAUCUUCCUAUCUAUCUAUGUAUCUGUCUGUGGAAGGAAGGGUGAUGAUACGUUAAGGUUUCGAAGUUAAUAUAUAUAAGAAAAGAUAUCGAUUUUAUUAUACGUAAUUGUGUAUUGUCAUUAAUUUGAGUGUCACUUCUAAAAAUAAAUAUGAAAGUG